AUGGGGGGGGCUUGCGGGAAGAGUCGGGGGACAGCUGCUGCUGCUGCUGCUGCGCCUCCUGUCUCUGCUGCUGACAAAGCAGCAGAAGCUGCAGCUUCUGCUGCUUCUCACGCUGAAAAGGCGCAGGAAGCAGCAGCAGCAGCAGCUGCUGCUGCUGCCAACGGCGCAGCAGCAGCAGCAGCACUCACUGGCGAGCAGGAGCCAGCCAGUGCCUCGGACGAGAAGGACACAAACCCCACAAACGCAGCCAGUGCGGAGCAGCAGCAGCAGCAGGAGCAGCAGCAGCAGGAGCAGCAGCAGGAGCAGCAGCAGCAGCAGGAGCAGCAGCAGCAGCAGGAGGAGGCCGCAGCAGCGCAGCAGCCGGCGUCGCCGGUGGUGGCGCUGUCUGCUGCCGACGCAGAACUGCUGGCAGCAGCGCAGCAGCAAGCAGCAGCAGCAGCAGCAGCAGCAGCAGCAGCAGCAGGAAGCAGCGCGAACCUGCCGCAUGCGUACUUGUUUUAUGCUGCUGAACUCAACGAAGGCUCCUUAAUUCUGCAGUGGACUGCAGCAGCACUGCAGCAGCAAGAAAUCCAAGACAAGAAGCUGCUGCUGCUGGCCUCCUUCGUGCCUCCCAAGUACAAGACUGUCUCCAGAAGCAAGCUGCAGCAAAACGGAGGAGUCACCUUCUUGCUGCAGGAGAUGAAGGGGGAGCGUACGUGCAGCUUUCCCGGCGGGGAGGCGACGCGGCGUUCAGCGAAGCGGACGUUGUGA